AUGGAGCAGGCUUUGGAGAUUCUUCUUGCGACGACAGAGAGGGGGGAGGAGGAAGAUGAAUCCUUCUUUGUGGAGAGAAGAGAGGGAGGGGAUGGCUUUAGAUGGGCUCUUACGGAGUUUUAUGGGCCGGUAGAGGAUAGAGAGAGACACUUGCUGUGGGAGGAGCUCAGUCUUGUGAGGGGGAUGUGGAGUGGUAAUCAUAUUGGGAGGAUUCGUGUUAAUGGGAUGGAGUUGUGUAGGGCGGAAAAGAGGCUCGGCUUCGAGGAGAGAUGGAAGAGAUGGAUUGAGGCAACUCGUGUGAGGACAGGGUCUCCGUUUCGAUUUGAGAAUAUGUGGUUAAGAGCGGAGGACUUCCAAGAGAAAGUUCAGUCUUGGUGGGAGGGCGUUCUUGUCAUAGGCUCAUCUAACUUCAUGUUAACAACAAAGUUGAAGGCUCUCAAAUUCGAUCUUAAGAAGUGGAAUAAAGACGUUUUUGGGAAUCUUGAACGGAAGAAGAAUAGAGUUCUUGCUGAUUUUUAUGAGAUUGAUCGCUUAGAAAAGAAGGGUGGGGAUGUGGAGUUUUUGCGUUCUAGAAGAGCUUCUUGUCAGGCAGCUUUUGCGGAAAUUGCCAGUAUGGAGGAGAUAUCUUGGCAACAAAAAUCUCGGGCUCUUUGGCUAAAAGCGGGAGAUCGCAAUACAAAUUUUUUUCACAAACUCGCUAACGCUUAUAGAAUAAGUAAUCAUAUAGGACGUAUUCGGGUGGAAGGUGUAGAGAUGUGGAUGGAGGUGGAUAGAGGAAGAUCCAUUUUCGAGAUCGAUAGGGAAGGGCUUGAGAUUCGUUUUACUGAAGAAGUUCUAAAGGCCUUAUCUAGUUGUAAUGGGGACAAAGCUCCGGGGCCAGAUGGGUUCACUAUGCGGUUUCUUUUGGAAAGUUGGGCAGUUGUGAAAAAUGAUGUGAUGGGCACUUUUCAGGAGUUUUAUUCUACUGGUGCCUUUGAGAAGUCGCUUAAUGCAACAUUCAUUACCCUUAUCCUUAAGAAGGGAGGUGUUUUUGACAUUAAAGCCUUCUGUCUUAUCAGCUUAGUGGGACGUAUCUAUAAGCUUAUGGCUAAUGUCCUUGCUCUUAGGUUGAGGGGAGUGAUGGAUAAGAUUAUUUCGGACUCCAAGAAUGCUUUUGUUGGAGGAAGACAAAUUCUUGAUUCAGUUCCUAUUGCAGGUGAAUAUGUGGACUCCAGAUUGAGAAGUGGUGUUCACGGAGUCUUGUACAAACUUGACAUUGAGAAAACGUAUGAUCAUGCUGUCUCUGGUCUGAAAGUUAAUAUGGCUAAAAAUGUGCUUGUUCCAGUUGGAGAUGUUCAGGAUAUUUCAUCUUUAGCGGAAGUCCUUGGGUGUAGGGCGAGUUCUUUUCCAAUUCUGUAUUUGGGCUUGCCUUUAGGGGUUUCAUCUAGAACGUUGUGGAGUUGGGACCCUGUGAUUGAUAAGUAUGCGAAGAGAUUAGGUGGUAGAGGUGAUGAAUUUAAGUAUCACCUUGUCAAUUGGGAACAAGUUUGCAAGCCAAUGAAGUUUAGUGGUCUUGGUAUUAGAAGACUGUAA